AUUGUAUUUUUACUUCUUUUCCAAUGUUUACUCAUAUUUAAAAUUCUUUUGAAUGAAAAAAUCUAACAAUAUUGAAAGAAAUUAAGCUGGCAUACCCGGUAAACCUAAUGAAUCAGGCAACAGUAGAAGCAGAAUUUGAGAAGAAGGUUGCGAUUGGUGACGAAAUGGAAGAAGUUGUGGAAGGUAAUGGCGGCGGCGGCAAUGGAGAUGAUGAGACACGCACGACUCCCUUAGUGAUAGCGGCGUUGCUCCGCCGAUUUCUCGCCUUGCAGCAACGCAGAGCACAAGCCUAUGCUAAGCUCAAGAGGGGGUUUGAGGAUUACAUGGUUUCUGGAGUUGAAUUGGCUUACCAGAAACUCUGUAGAGAGAUCACAGUUGAAUUCAGUGAUUGCUCAAAACAAGUCCUUGAAAUUGAGUCACAGCUUCUCACUCACAGUUGCUUCAGAGAGGAUUUAGCUGGCUUAUUAAGAUCGGUUCAAGCACAAGAGAAGCAGAAGUUGCAAUUGACAGCUACUAUGCAAGUGUUGAAAAAAGCCGGACGCCCUUCAGAACGUAUAGUGAGCCAUGAAAAUUGUAGAUUCAGCAAGCCAACAGGGCAUGAAUGUGUACAUAUCCAGAAGAUUACCGAAGCUUCAGGAACUGAAGAGGCAGAGGCUGACGCGGAAUAUGAAAAUGCUCUAAAGGAAGCCAUAAAAGGUGUCCAGGAUGCCGUGACUGUCAUAAACGAACAUCUGGAAGAGGUCAGGUAUGAAAUUGCAUCACUUGAAGAUUGUAGUUGAGGGGCGGGUCUACUGCGUAUAGUUUUAUUCUUUAGGUUUUUUGCAAUGGAUUUCUUUGAAUCCAUUUCUAAGACAUAUAAAGGUUUAUUCCCACCAAAAAAAGAAAAGAGCCCAGGCCAUUCACUUCCUUUUGUCAACCUUCAGGAUUCAUCUUUUCUUAUUAAUGCCUUCAAUGGUAGAGCCUACUAGCCACUGCACUCUUCAUCUAUAACGUUCUUCAGAAAUCUUGGAAUCAAAGUACUCCUUGUAU